AUGCGUUUAAUUUAUUUUGCCUUUUUUGGCACUCUGGCAAUCGUUGCCGCUCAAACGGAAGUGAGCUUGCAGGACAUAAAAACGCAGCCUAAUCCUGCUGGUGCGUGUUGUGAAAGUGUGAGACAAACUCUGAUUGAAAUUCGAAAAGAUAUUCGACUUUGGUUACUGGAUAGACUAUUUGGAAAGUUAAUACUGAUGAAUGAUGAGGGUAAAUUAUUAGGAAAUCUUAACGCUGUAAACUGUGCAAAUUCAAAAAAAGAGAUAACAAAUGAAAUCGUUCCAUCUGAAAGAUCAGCGUCAUUGAAAUCAAGCUCGGUAGCUAAAAUUAACUCGGAUAGCCGAUCCAGUUCGGUUGUCGAAUUAAAUGCGGAUGCUCAACCUACGUCGAAUGAAAUCAAUGUGGAUGAGAAUCCAACGUCCAGUGAAGAGGCUAGCUUCUCAUCAAACUCUGGAAACGAUGAGUCCAGUUCGGUUGUCCAAAUAAAUUCCGAUGCUGAACCUACGUCGAAUGAAAUCAAUGUGGAUGAGAAUCCUACGUCCAGUGAAGAAUCCAGCUACUCAUCAAACUCUGGAAACGAUGAGUCCAGUUCGGUUGUCCAAAUAAAUUCCGAUGCUGAACCUGCAUCGAAUGAAGAGGCCAGCUACUCAUCAAAUUCUGGAAACGAUGAGUCUAGUUCGGUUGUCGAAUUAAAUGCGGAUGCUCAACCUACGGCGAAUAAAAUCAAUUUGGACGAGAAUCCUACGUCCAGUGAAGAAUCCAGCUACUCAUCAAACUCUGGAAACGAUGAGUCCAGUUCGGUUGUCCAAAUAAAUUCGGAUGCUGAACCUACAUCGAAUGAAAUCAAUGUGGAUGAGAAUCCUACGUCCAGUGAAGAGGCUAGCUUCUCAUCAAACUCUGGAAACGAUGAGUCCAGUUCGGUUGUCCAAAUAAAUUCCGAUGCUGAACCUACAUCGAAUGCAAUCAAUGUGGAUGAGAAUCCUACGUCCAGUGAAGAGGCUAGCUUCUCAUCAAACUCUGGAAACGAUGAGUCCAGUUCGGUUGACGAAAUAAAUACGGAUGCUGAACCUACGUCGAACGAAGAGGCCAGCUACUCAUCAAACUCUGGAAACGAUGAGUCUAGUUCGGUUGUCGAAUUAAAUGCGGAUGCUCAACCUACGUCGAAUGAAAUCAAUGUGGAUGAGAAUCCUACGUCCAGUGAAGAAUCCAGCUACUCAUCAAACUCUGGAAACGAUGAGUCCAGUUCGGUUGUCCAAAUAAAUUCCGAUGCUGAACCUACAUCGAAUGCAAUCAAUGUGGAUGAGAAUCCUACGUCCAGUGAAGAGGCUAGCUUCUCAUCAAACUCUGGAAACGAUGAGUCUAGUUCGGUUGUCGAAUUAAAUGCGGAUGCUCAACCUACGGCGAAUGAAAUCAAUGUGGAUGAGAAUCCUACGUCCAGUGAAGAAUCCAGCUACUCAUCAAACUCUGGAAACGAUGAGUCCAGUUCGGUUGUCGAAUUAAAUGCGGAUGCUGAACCUACGUCGAAUGAAGAGGCUAGCUUCUCAUCAAAUUCUGGAAACGAUGAGUCGAGUUCGGUUGUCGAAUUAAAUGCGGAUGCUCAACCUACGUCGAAUGAAAUCAAUGUGGAUGAGAAUCCUACGUCCAGUGAAGAGGCCAGCUACUCAUCAAACUCUGGAAACGAUGAGUCCAGUUCGGUUGACGAAAUAAAUUCGGAUGCUGAACCUGCAUCGAAUGAAAUCAAUGUGGAUGAGAAUCCUACGUCCAGUGAAGAGGCUAGCUUCUCAUUAAACUCUGGAAACGAUGAGUCCAGUUCGGUUGACGAAAUAAAUUCGGAUGCUGAACCUACGUCGAACGAAGAGGCCAGCUACUCAUCAAACUCUGGAAACGAUGAGUCUAGUUCGGUUGUCAAAUUAAAUGCGGAUGCUCAACCUACGGCGAAUGAAAUCAAUGUGGAUGAGGAUCCUACGUCCAGUGAAGAAUCCAGCUACUCAUCAAACUCUGGAAACGAUGAGUCCAGUUCGGUUGUCGAAUUAAAUGCGGAUGCUGAAUCUACGUCGAAUGAAGAGGCUAGCUUCUCAUCAAACACUGGAAACGAUGAGUCGAGUUCGGUUGUCGAAUUAAAUGCGGAUGCUCAACCUUCGUCCAAUGAAAUCAAUGUAGAUGAGAAUCCUACGUCCAGUGAAGAGGCCAGCUACUCAUCAAACUCUGGAAACGAUGAGUCCAGUUCGGUUGACGACAUAAAUUCGGAUGCUGAGCUUACAUCGAAUGAAAUCAAUGAGGAUGAGAAUCCUACGUCCAGUGAAGAGUCCAGCUACUCAUCAAACUCUGGAAACGAUGAGUCCAGUUCGGUUGCCGAAAUAAAUUCGGAUGCUGAACCUACGUCCAAUGAAAUCAAUGUGGAUGAGAAUCCUACGUCCAGUGAAGAGUCCAGCUACUCAUCAAACUCUGGAAACGAUGAGUCCAGUUCGGUUGUCGAAUUAAAUGCGGAUGCUGAACCUACGUCGAAUGAAGAGGCUAGCUUCUCAUCAAACUCUGGAAACGAUGAGUCGAGUUCGGUUGUCGAAUUAAAUUCGGAUGCUCAACCUUCGUCCAAUGAAAUCAAUGUGGAUGAGAAUCCUACGUCCAGUGAAGAGUCCAGCUACUCAUCAAACUCUGGAAACGAUGAGUCCAGUUCGGUUGCCGAAAUAAAUUCGGAUGCUGAACCUACGUCGAGUGCAGAGAGCAGCUACUCAUCAAACUCUGGAAACGAUGAGUCCAGUUCGGUUGCCGAAAUAAAUUCGGAUGCUGAACCUACGUCCAAUGAAAUCAAUGUGGAUGAGAAUCCUACGUCCAGUGAAGAGUCCAGCUACUCAUCAAACUCUGGAAACGAUGAGUCCAGUUCGGUUGCCGAAAUAAAUUCGGAUGCUGAACCUACGUCCAAUGAAAUCAAUGUGGAUGAGAAUCCUACGUCCAGUGAAGAGUCCAGCUACUCAUCAAACUCUGGAAACGAUGAGUCCAGUUCGGUUGCCGAAAUAAAUUCGGAUGCUGAACCUACGUCCAAUGAAAUCAAUGUGGACGAGAAUCCUACGUCCAGUGAAGAGUCCAGCUACUCAUCAAACUCUGGAAACGAUGAGUCCAGUUCGGUUGUCGUAUUAAAUGCGGAUGCUGAACCUACGUCGAAUGAAGAGGCUAGCUUCUCAUCAAACUCUGGAAACGAUGAGUCGAGUUCGGUUGUCGAAUUAAAUUCGGAUGCUCAACCUUCGUCCAAUGAAAUCAAUGUGGAUGAGAAUCCUACGUCCAGUGAAGAGUCCAGCUACUCAUCAAACUCUGGAAACGAUGAGUCCAGUUCGGUUGCCGAAAUAAAUUCGGAUGCUGAACCUACGUCCAAUGAAAUCAAUGUGGAUGAGAAUCCUACGUCCAGUGAAGAGUCCAGCUACUCAUCAAACUCUGGAAACGAUGAGUCCAGUUCGGUUGCCGAAAUAAAUUCGGAUGCUGAACCUACGUCCAAUGAAAUCAAUGUGGAUGAGAAUCCUACGUCCAGUGAAGAGUCCAGCUACUCAUCAAACUCUGGAAACGAUGAGUCCAGUUCGGUUGUCGAAUUAAAUGCGGAUGCUGAACCUACGUCGAAUGAAGAGGCUAGCUUCUCAUCAAAUUCUGGAAACGAUGAGUCGAGUUCGGUUGUCGAAUUAAAUUCGGAUGCUCAACCUUCGUCCAAUGAAAUCAAUGUGGAUGAGAAUCCUACGUCCAGUGAAGAGUCCAGCUACUCAUCAAACUCUGGAAACGAUGAGUCCAGUUCGGUUGCCGAAAUAAAUUCGGAUGCUGAACCUACGUCCAAUGAAAUCAAUGUGGAUGAGAAUCCUACGUCUAGUGAAGAGUCCAGCUACUCAUCAAACUCUGGAAACGAUGAGUCCAGUUCGGUUGCCGAAAUAAAUUCGGAUGCUGAACCAACGUCCAAUGAAAUCAAUGUGGAUUCUCAUCCUACGUCCAGUGAAGAGUCCAGCUACUCAUCAAACUCUGGAAACGAUGAGUCCAGUUCGGUUGCCGAAAUAAAUUCGGAUGCUGAACCAACGUCCAAUGAAAUCAAUGUGGAUGAGAAUCCUACGUCCAGUGAAGAGUCCAGCUACUCAUCAAUCUCUGGAAACGAUGAGUCCAGUUCGGCUGCCGAAAUAAAUUCGGAUGCUCAACCAACGUCCAAUGAAAUCAAUGUGGAUGAGAAUCCUACGGCCAGUGAAGAGUCCAGCUACUCAUCAAACUCUGGAAACGAUGAGUCCAGUUCGGUUGCCGAAAUAAAUUCGGAUGCUGAACGUACGUCCAAUGAAAUCAAUGUGGAUGAGAAUCCUACGUCCAGUGAAGAGGCCAGCUACACAUUAAACUCUGUUAAUCAGUUAAGCUCGGGUAACGAAAUCAGUGUGGAUGAGAAUCCUUCGUCCAAUGAAGAGGCCAGCUACUCAUCAAACUCUGGAAACGAUGAGUCUAGUUCGGUUGUCCAAAUAAAUUCGGAUGCUCAACCUACGUCGAAUGCAGAGAGCAUCUACUCAUCAAACUCUGUUAAUCAGUUAAGCUCGGGUAACGAAAUCAGUGUGGAUGAGAAUCCUUCGUCCAAUGAAGAGGCCAGCUACUCAUCAAACUCUGGAAACGAUGAGUCCAGCUCGGUUGCCGAAAUAAAUUCGGAUGCUGAACCAACGUCCAAUGUGGAUGAGAAUCCUACGUCCAGUGAAGAGUCCAGCUACUCAUCAAACUCUGGAAACGAUGAGUCCAGUUCGGUUGCCGAAAUAAAUUCGGAUGCUGAACCUACGUCCAAUGUAAUCAAUGUGGAUGAGAAUCCUACGUCCAGUGAAGAGGCCAGCUACACAUUAAACUCUGUUAAUCAGUUAAGCUCGGGUAACGAAAUCAGUGUGGAUGAGAAUCCUUCGUCCAAUGAAGAGGCCAGCUACUCAUCAAACUCUGGAAACGAUCAGUCAAGUUCGGUUGUCGAAAUAAAUUCGGUUCCUCAACCUACGUCAAAUGCAGAUAGCAGCUACUCAUCAAACUCUGGAAACGAUGAGUCCAGUUCGGUUGUCCAAAUAAAUUCGGAUGCUCAACCUACGUCGAAUGAAGAGGCCAACUACUCUUCAAACUCUGGAAAUGGUCAGUCAAGUUCGGUUGUCGAAAUAAGUUCGGAUGCUCAACCGACUUCGAGUGAAGAGUCCAGCUACUCAUCAAACUCUGUUAAUCAGUUAAGCUCGGGUAACGAAAUCAGUGUGGAUGAGAAUCCUUCGUCCAAUGAAGAGGCCAGCUACUCAUCAAACUCUGGAAACGAUGAGUCCAGUUCGGUUGUCCAAAUAAAUUCGGAUACUCAACCUACGUCGAAUGAAGAGGCCAGCUACUCAUCAAACUCUGGAAACGAUGAGUCCAGUUCGGUUGUCCAAAUAAAUUCGGAUGUUCAACCUACGUCGAAUGAAGAGGCCAACUACUCUUCAAACUCUGGAAAUGGUCAGUCAAGUUCGGUUGUCGAAAUAAGUUCGGAUGCUCAACCGACUUCGAGUGAAGAGUCCAGCUACUCAUCAAACUCUGUUAAUCAGUUAAGCUCGGGUAACGAAAUCAGUGUGGAUGAGAAUCCUUCGUCCAAUGAAGAGGCCAGCUACUCAUCAAACUCUGGAAACGAUCAGUCAAGUUCGGUUGUCGAAAUAAAUUCGGUUGCUCAACCUACGUCAAAUGCAGAUAGCAGCUACUCAUCAAACUCUGGAAACGAUGAGUCCAGUUCCGUUGUCCAAAUAAAUUCGGAUGCUCAACCUACGUCGAAUGAAGAGGCCAACUACUCUUCAAACUCUGGAAAUGGUCAGUCAAGUUCGGUUGUCGAAAUAAGUUCGGAUGCUCAACCGACUUCGAGUGAAGAGUCCAGCUACUCAUCAAACUCUGUUAAUCAGUUAAGCUCGGGUAACGAAAUCAGUGUGGAUGAGAAUCCUUCGUCCAAUGAAGAGGCCAGCUACUCAUCAAACUCUGGAAACGAUGAGUCCAGUUCGGUUGUCCAAAUAAAUUCGGAUACUCAACCUACGUCGAAUGAAGAGGCCAGCUACUCAUCAAACUCUGGAAACGAUGAGUCCAGUUCGGUUGUCCAAAUAAAUUCGGAUGUUCAACCUACGUCGAAUGAAGAGGCCAACUACUCUUCAAACUCUGGAAAUGGUCAGUCAAGUUCGGUUGUCGAAAUAAGUUCGGAUGCUCAACCGACUUCGAGUGAAGAGUCCAGCUACUCAUCAAACUCUGUUAAUCAGUUAAGCUCGGGUAACGAAAUCAGUGUGGAUGAGAAUCCUUCGUCCAAUGAAGAGGCCAGCUACUCAUCAAACUCUGGAAACGAUGAGUCCAGUUCGGUUGUCCAAAUAAAUUCGGAUACUCAACCUACGUCGAAUGAAGAGGCCAGCUACUCAUCAAACUCUGGAAACGAUGAGUCCAGUUCGGUUGUCCAAAUAAAUUCGGAUGUUCAACCUACGUCGAAUGAAGAGGCCAACUACUCUUCAAACUCUGGAAAUGGUCCGUCAAGUUCGGUUGUCGAAAUAAGUUCGGAUGCUCAACCGACUUCGAGUGAAGAGUCCAGCUACUCAUCAAACUCUGUUAAUCAGUUAAGCUCGGGUAACGAAAUCAGUGUGGAUGAGAAUCCUUCGUCCAAUGAAGAGGCCAGCUACUCAUCAAACUCUGGAAACAAUGAGUCCAGUUCGGUUGUCCAAAUAAAUUCGGAUGCUCAACCUACGUCGAAUGAAGAGGCCAACUACUCUUCAAACUCUGGAAAUGGUCAGUCAAGUUCGGUUGUCGAAAUAAGUUCGGAUGCUCAACCGACUUCGAGUGAAGAGUCCAGCUACUCAUCAAACUCUGUUAAUCAGUUAAGCUCGGGUAACGAAAUCAGUGUGGAUGAGAAUCCUUCGUCCAAUGAAGAGGCCAGCUACUCAUCAAACUCUGGAAACGAUCAGUCAAGUUCGGUUGUCGAAAUAAAUUCGGUUGCUCAACCUACGUCAAAUGCAGAUAGCAGCUACUCAUCAAACUCUGGAAACGAUGAGUCCAGUUCCGUUGUCCAAAUAAAUUCGGAUGCUCAACCUACGUCGAAUGAAGAGGCCAACUACUCUUCAAACUCUGGAAAUGGUCAGUCAAGUUCGGUUGUCGAAAUAAGUUCGGAUGCUCAACCGACUUCGAGUGAAGAGUCCAGCUACUCAUCAAACUCUGUUAAUCAGUUAAGCUCGGGUAACGAAAUCAGUGUGGAUGAGAAUCCUUCGUCCAAUGAAGAGGCCAGAUACUCAUCAAACUCUGGAAACGAUGAGUCCAGUUCGGUUGUCCAAAUAAAUUCGGAUACUCAACCUACGUCGAAUGAAGAGGCCAGCUACUCAUCAAACUCUGGAAACGAUGAGUCCAGUUCGGUUGUCCAAAUAAAUUCGGAUGUUCAACCUACGUCGAAUGAAGAGGCCAACUACUCUUCAAACUCUGGAAAUGGUCCGUCAAGUUCGGUUGUCGAAAUAAGUUCGGAUGCUCAACCGACUUCGAGUGAAGAGUCCAGCUACUCAUCAAACUCUGUUAAUCAGUUAAGCUCGGGUAACGAAAUCAGUGUGGAUGAGAAUCCUUCGUCCAAUGAAGAGGCCAGCUACUCAUCAAACUCUGGAAACAAUGAGUCCAGUUCGGUUGUCCAAAUAAAUUCGGAUGCUCAACCUACGUCGAAUGAAGAGGCCAACUACUCUUCAAACUCUGGAAAUGGUCCGUCAAGUUCGGUUGUCGAAAUAAGUUCGGAUGCUCAACCGACUUCGAGUGAAGAGUCCAGCUACUCAUCAAACUCUGUUAAUCAGUUAAGCUCGGGUAACGAAAUCAGUGUGGAUGAGAAUCCUUCGUCCAAUGAAGAGGCCAGCUACUCAUCAAACUCUGGAAACGAUGAGUCCAGUUCGGUUGUCCAAAUAAAUUCGGAUGCUCAACCUACUUCGAAUGCAGAGAGCAUCUACUCAUCAAACUCUGUUAAUCAGUUAAGCUCGGGUAACGAAAUCAGUGUGGAUGAGAAUCCUUCGUCCAAUGAAGAGGCCAGCUACUCAUCAAACUCUGGAAACGAUCAGUCAAGUUCGGUUGUCGAAAUAAAUUCGGUUCCUCAACCUACGUCAAAUGCAGAUAGCAGCUACUCAUCAAACUCUGGAAACGAUGAGUCCAGUUCGGUUGUCCAAAUAAAUUCGGAUGUUCAACCUACGUCGAAUGAAGAGGCCAACUACUCUUCAAACUCUGGAAAUGGUCCGUCAAGUUCGGUUGUCGAAAUAAGUUCGGAUGCUCAACCGACUUCGAGUGAAGAGUCCAGCUACUCAUCAAACUCUGUUAAUCAGUUAAGCUCGGGUAACGAAAUCAGUGUGGAUGAGAAUCCUUCGUCCAAUGAAGAGGCCAGCUACUCAUCAAACUCUGGAAACGAUGAGUCCAGUUCGGUUGUCCAAAUAAAUUCGGAUACUCAACCUACGUCGAAUGAAGAGGCCAGCUACUCAUCAAACUCUGGAAACGAUGAGUCCAGUUCGGUUGUCCAAAUAAAUUCGGAUGCUCAACCUACGUCGAAUGAAGAGGCCAACUACUCUUCAAACUCUGGAAAUGGUCAGUCAAGUUCGGUUGUCGAAAUAAGUUCGGAUGCUCAACCGACUUCGAGUGAAGAGUCCAGCUACUCAUCAAACUCUGUCAAUCAGUUAAGCUCGGGUAACGAAAUAAAUUCGGAUGCUCAACCUACGUCCAAUGAAGAGUCCAGCUACUCGUCAAACCCUGGCGAUGAUCACUCAAGUUCAGUUGUCGAAAUAAAUUCAUAUGCUCAACCUAAAGAAUCCAGCUACUCGUCGGUCGACCAUCAGUUGCGCUCGCAAUUGUCAAACUCUGAUAAUCUGUCCAGGUCUGUAGUCGUAACUAGCUCAAACCAUCAAUCGAGCCGUGGCGAUCAAUCCGGUUCAGCAGUUCAGAAAAUAAUUUCGGAGAGCGGUCCCAAAACGAAUACUAAGUCCAAUCAACUGAGCUCAGUGGAAAAAAUCACAACUGCUAUUAAGAAUGGCAUUGUGGUGCCAAACUAUAGCUCAGAUAUAAAUGCUAAGGAGGGAAAUAUUAGGCGGCUGUCAUCUUCAAGACAAAAGCAUCAAUCUUGGUCGAGAAAUUCUAAAACAGUUAAAGCGGAUCAAACUAAGCCUAAUUUUGUCAGCUCUUCAAAUAUACAAGUUUCUUCUAGGAGAAAUAAAAACCAAUCUAGUACUUCAGCUGGCAAUGAUAGCAACAGUGGAAUCAGCUCCAAGACAAGCUCAUCUUAUGUAAAAUACCCGGAACGUAGUAAUUAUGCCAACGUAAGAUCGCACAGACUCCGUAAUUUGUCAAAGCAGGCAAGUUCGUUGUCUAAAGGCAGUGAUUCAAGCUCGACAUCGAAUGAAGACCGCUACAACGUAAAUAAUAUGGGUAAUUUCGGCACCAACAUUAAUAAUAAUGAAGUCGUUUCUGGAGCAAAAGUGCUAUCUCAAAGCAGCUUAGCUCACUAUCCAUGGUGGGUAUCGCGUGGAAGUUGGGGAAGACCUGAUUGGCGGUAUGGUUGGAGGCCGUAUAGUAGCGGAUACCCCAUCCAAUGGACGCAGAGCGCUUCAGCAAAUCCUAUUUCCUGGAGCAACCAUUACUAA